ACUCUCGGUUCAGUUCAAUGAUUCUGAGCUGCAGGAUGAACCGAAACAGCUUCAGGAUGUCGUCCACCCUGCGGUGUUUCGGGGUGGGUGUGGUCUUGUUCUCACUGGCUCUGCCCACCUUGCCGUUCUCCCGUGGAGCUAGCCCCGCCUCCUGUCAGGGAAUGACUCCUGUCCACAUCCGGGCUCAUCCUCAGGACCCCCAGAUCAGCUACGUGUCCAUCCGAACAUCCGCCUCCACCUACCUACCAGGACAGCUAGUCACAGUGACGGUUCGAAGCUCUCGGGACUUCAUGGGUUUCCUGCUCCAGGCCCGCAGUGUGGAGGGGACCAGGCGUCGGGCUGAUGGAGGUUCUGGGGUCCGGGUCGGGCCCCCGGUGUUGGUGGGCGGCUCCUGGACUCUGACUCCACCCGGCACCCACAAACUGAACUGUCUGUCGGAGGGCGACGCCAUCACUCACUCUGACAAACAGCUGAAGAGGAACCUGUCGUUUGUGUGGAGAGCCCCGGAUGUACCGACGGGAGAUAUCCGGUUCUACAUCACUGUGGUCCAGUCCUACUUUGUGUACUGGGCAGGUAUUGAGUCUGCAGUGGUGCAUGAUGGGAGUCGUCACUGGCGUGGGAUUACCACUGGAUGGAGUGGUGGAGCGAGUACAGUUUCUACAAUGCCGUGGGAUAAAGUCAACGUCCUGCCGGCUACAAUGAGACCCUUGACAGGAACAAUCAGAGGAACUCAGGUCUACAAAUCUAUAAAAACACUAACAGAAGUCACUCGUCCAGCGAUGGAGAUGAGUAGCUCUGUGACUUCAGCGUCGCUCAGAGUUGACUUUCCAAUAAAUCAAGUUCUCGGUGGAAAGAAUAACUCUACAGCUUUAGGAUCUCUUCAGAAUGUUCCUUCAGAAUCUCUUCCAGGUGUAACUGAAGGCUUUUACACCAGUACUCAACCUGAGGAGUCCAGGAGCUUUGGAGGUUUGGAUUCGACCUCCACAGUUCCAACAAACACCCCAUUUCAAUCCUCAACCAGCCCUGAUUCCUUCCUGUACUACCUUGUUACCACCAUUCCUCUGAAGGAUGUACAGACGGAGAGUAAAGAUCUGAAUCUACCCACUGAAACCACCACCUCAGCUGUACCUUCAACCAAGACCAACACCCAAAGAUCCUCAUCUGAGAAUCCGAGAAAACCAACCCAGAAACAACAAAAUUCUACACAGACCGACUCAGGUCCAACUGAGUCCCAAAAUAAUCCAAUCAAAGCCCAAACAGGAAGUUGGUCUCAAAAUCCUCACCCCAAAACUUCUUCUCCAAAGCCUCUUUGGUUUCAAACUUCUACAUCCAGACUUGUUCUCCAGCACCAAACUGUUACAAGUCUGACCUCUUUAUUCCCCCAAACAUCAUCAUCUAAGCUCCAUUCUCAGUCAGAAACCAGUUCAAUCACGGUUCUGUUGUCUGAAUCUCCCACCCUUCAGUCUUUUCUCCAGUCCAACAAAACUUCAUCCCUUCCUCAGGCCAAACUUCUGUCCCUCCAGCCUCAAAACACUCCAUCUGGAUCCACAGGUCCUCAGUCUACCAGCAGCUUUCAUCAAGAAACUGGAACUCAAACCCAAGUUAGUUUUGUUCAGACAGACCAGCCUCAGUCUGAGAUACCACCUGAGGCUUCCGGUUUUUCUUCCCAGCCAUGGUCUCCAACUGGACAGAAGCUAACUCCAUCCUCAGUAACUCCUCAACCUUUCAACACUCGAGUUUUCACACUGGAAGAUCUGAAGUCUAGACCAGAGAUCACAACCAUGAGUCCAGUCUUUGCCUCUGUUCCUUCAGCCCCUCCUCCAUCUCUUCCAGAAUCUUCCAGCCUUUACUCUUCGUCUUCAUCCUCCUCUUUGUUCACCUCUUCUGUAGUCCAUCUGAGCUCCACCUCUCGUCCUCAUCCCUCUGGAUCAGUGGUAACCAUGCCUCCAUUCUUCAGGUCGACAGUGUCCAUCCAUUCUUCUUCCUCCACCUUCAUGAAGAAUCAACCCAGAACAGCUCCAGUUCUUUCCGCCCUUCCUUCUCCUUCCCCGAUAUCCACUCCACCUCAUUUACCUUCUGCCCAACCUUCCUCUUCUACCAAACCUUACGUAACCUCCAUCAACUAUUCAUCAGCAGCUCCUCUUCCUUCAUCUCCUUCUUUCUCGACUCCUUUAACCUCCUCUGUCACAAAUUCAGCCUCAGCUUCUUCUUCCACCAUCUCACCAACUCCUUCUCCAAUUUCUUUUACAUCUUCUUCAAUAUCUUCUUCCUUUUUACCAUCUUCUUCCUCUUCCAUCUCAUUCGUCACCUCCCCUCACCCUGGACCUUCUCCAGCUCCUCGUCGAUCUCUAUACAAUCCCUUCACCUCCUCCUUGUCCCCGGUUCCCUCCCAGGAACUCACUAUAGCUCAGAGUUUGCUAAUCCAGAACCACAUCGCAUCAUCUGAACGAGAGUUCAGCCUCAACCUUCCAACACCAAGAACAGUUGUUCACCCAAACCCUAAACCACACCCAAACCUCAAACCAAACCUUCCCAAAGCUGAUACCAAACCCAAUCGUCCUUCCAAUCCAUCCAGACCUCCAGACAAGGAAGGGAAGUAUCCAGACAUCAUCCCCAGACACAGUGCCUGGGAGCUGGGCAUGCUGCUGGGCUGCUCUGCUGGUCUGGGCAUGGUUCUGGUGGUGGGGGUCCGGUACGUGUACCGGCAGGCCUGCGGCAAACGGACCGCCGUGACGCUAAACGACAGGGAGAGGGAGUACGGCAGAGGAGAGAGAGGAAUGAUUCAGGUCCAGGAGUGCGGAGAUCUGGUCCGGGUCCGAAAAAUCAGGGAGAACAGCUUCGUACUGCUGGCAGAGUACGACAUUCUGGCGCCACCUGGAGACUAAAAGAAGACUGACAACACAGUCUGACACCAAAAUGGAUAGUUUAACCUUCUUUCAGGCUCUUGAAGUACAUAGAGGUGGGCCCAAAUUUCACACUUAUAGUUACUUUUUCAGACAUUUUAGCUUCUGGCUGUACAAUGAAGAAGUAACAUUGAUGCUAAGCAAAAAACAGAUUUAUUCUUUUGAUUGUGACGCCUGGGGUCAGGAUGUAAAACUGAUUUGGAUGCAGUUUUCAACAGUUUUGUUCAUCCUAAAAUGUCAUGUGUCUGUCUGCUGCACUGAUGAAGCUCAGAAAUGAUGGAAAAAGUCCAUUAAUAAGUUUGGACGCAUCUCUAUGUACUUCAAGUUCCUUUACCUCUGAAAGUAUUCAUAGUAUGAAGGUUAAACUUAUAGCUUCCUAGCUUAGCAUGUGUUUCUGGUUAGCGUUUAAGCUAAGCUAUCUGGCAGUAUUCUAAAAUCAUAAUGACAGUAAAUGAAUGAAACAAAAUGUUUUUUACAUAUACAACGCGCAUUUUUGAAGCCAAUGUGUUUUGCUGUUCAGACUGAGAUCUCGUCAAAGUUUCAUGACCCACAGACGUUUAGUUUUUGUUCAGCAGAUAAAUCUUUGGUAACUUUAACUGUGAAACUGUCUGUGGAUGUUCAUGAUCCUCAGAGGAUGAAUCACAUUUGGUCACAAUUUAGGCCAACCUGAACCUGAUAUUUACUGAGCACAAUAACGCUGUGGAGGAUGAAUCAUUUAAACCUUGAACUUGGGGCCACAGUGUUAGGUCUUUAUCUGUUUGCAGCUUCUACAGUGAGAAAAAUCUUUUCCAGAUUGUCAAUCUGUGCUCAGCUAAAGCUCUUGGCCAAAUAUUUCAGACUCUGAGGAUGUUUUGCUCCCAAUAUAAUCAAUUAACUAAAACUACAAUCUGUCUUCACAUGUCAAAAAGGUAAUCUACCAAGGAGGACGCAAUGACGAACACCAUUUGGUGGAUACUGAGUUUUAUGUUUACGAAAAGUCCAUAUUUGACGAAAGUCCAUCUCUGGGACUGAUUAUUUAGAUUUGUAUAAGAGAAGAACAUGUACGCUGAUUUGCUUUACUAAUAUUUAGAUUUGUUUUUUACAAAGAGGUCAAACUACUAUCCACUGACCUUGAUUUGUCAUACUAGGUCAUGUGAAUGCUUUGAUAAUAAAGUAUAUUUUCAGCACUA